AUGAGCUGGUUAGUGAAAGUACUUGUCUUUACGACAUUAGUCUCUUCUUCAGUGUUUGUAGUAACAGAAUCAGCUCCUGAAUCUGCUCUUAUUACUAAACUUCCUGGUUUUGAUGGGACUUUUCCUUCAAAACACUACUCCGGGUAUGUGACGAUUGAUGAAGAGCAUGGGAAGAAUUUGUGGUAUUACUUUGUUGAAUCAGAGAAAAAUCCUUCAAAAGAUCCGGUCGUACUCUGGCUUAAUGGUGGUCCAGGUUGCUCAAGUAUGGAUGGUUUUGUCUAUGAACAUGGUCCUUUCAAUUUCAAACCAGCAAAGACUAAUAAUACUCUACCACAAUUGCAUCUCAAUCCUUAUAGUUGGUCCAAGGUUUCCAACAUUAUAUACCUUGAUUCUCCUGUUGGUGUGGGAUUCUCUUAUUCAAAGAACAAAUCUGAUUACGAAACUAGUGACAUGAAAACCGCGUUUGAUUCUCACGCAUUCCUUCUCAAGUGGUUCCAAAUGUUUCCGGAGUUUCAAGCAAAUCCGUUUUACAUCUCUGGAGAAUCUUACGCCGGAAUCUAUGUUCCAACUCUUGCUUCAGAAGUUGUCAAAGGGAUCAAAGAUGGGGUAAAGCCUGUUCUUAACUUAAAGGGAUAUUUGGUGGGUAAUGGAGUUGCAGAUUCGACGUUUGAUGGAAACGCUCUUGUCCCGUUUGCACACGGGAUGGGACUAAUCUCUGAUCAACUAUUUGAGACCGUUACAAAAGCUUGCAAUGGAACUUUCUAUGAUGUGAAUGAACUUGGUUGCGGGGAACAGUUGGAGAAAGUUCAAGAGGAUGUUAACAAGUUGAAUAUAUACAACAUUCUUGAGCCGUGUUACCACGGAUCAUCCCUAUCAGCUUUUGACAUCAGAUCGCUGCCUUCGAGUCUCCUUCAGCUAGGCAAAACCGAAAAACCGUUAGCUGUAAGAAAAAGAAUGUUUGGUCGAGCGUGGCCAGUUCGUGCACCUGUUCGUCCAGGCAUUGUCCCUAGCUGGUCUCAGCUUCUUGUUGACAUUACUGUUCCUUGUAUCGAUGAUAGAGUUGCAACGGCAUGGUUGAAUAAUCCAGCGAUUAGGAAAGCUAUUCAUGCUAAAGAGAUUAGCGAGAUUGGAAGUUGGGCACUCUGCACAGGAAAACUCUCAUUUCAUCAUGAUGCAGGAAGCAUGAUCAGAUUCCAUAGAAACCUCACUCUAAGUGGAUAUAGAGCUCUCAUUUACAGCGGAGAUCACGAUCUGUGUGUUCCAUUUACUGGCUCUCAAGCUUGGACAAGAUCUCUUGGAUACAAGGUGGUUGAUAAAUGGAGGGCAUGGUUUUCAAACAACCAAGUCGCGGGGUAUACGCAAGGCUAUGCAAACAAUCUCACAUUCAUGACCAUCAAGGGUGCUGGACAUACGGUUCCUGAGUACAAACCGCGGGAGGCUUUGGACUUCUAUAGCCGAUUUCUAGCAGGAAACAAGAUUUAA